AUGUUAUCGUAUGAAGAUAAGAAAAAAUUGUAUAAUCGAUUCGGAACUUAUGAAAGGUAGGCUGAAUUUGAAGUUACAUAAAAAUACAAUAUUUUUUCAGUACUUCAACUCAUAUUUCUAUUUCUUUAUUUGUCAUCCAGUGCUAGGCCUCGAAUUGAACCAUCUUGCAAUAAGAUUUAAUAUCUUAUCACAAGCAAAUUUGAAAAUUAUACUGCAUGGUUGGCGAAUCAAUCCAUCUGCAACCAUCACAAUCAUUCAAGAUCGCACUUCAACAUUGAAAAAUAUGAUUUCGGUGAGUUUUCAAAUAAUGUGAAUAUUCGAUGACUUUGAAUUUCAGAGAAUUUCGGAUUCGGAAAUCAAUGA